GUCAAAAACAUAAACCUUCUUCAGCUCAGUACUCUGUUUUCGAUUGAGAAGAUGACGAAGAUGGCGAGAUCAAGCUCUAUUCUAUGUGGAACUCUCCUCCUUCUCGGAGCCGUAGCUUUAAUCGAGGCAAAAGAAGAUCUCAAGGAGAUUACUCACAAGGUUUACUUCGAUGUAGAGAUUGAAGGCAAAUCCGCUGGUCGCGUUGUUAUAGGACUAUUUGGCAAGGCAGUUCCUAAAACUGCAGAAAACUUCAGAGCUCUUUGCACAGGGGAGAAAGGUGUUGGGAAGAGUGGGAAGCCUCUACACUACAAGGGAAGCAAAUUCCAUCGAAUUAUUCCCAGCUUUAUGAUCCAGGGAGGUGACUUCACGCAUGGAAACGGUAUGGGUGGAGAAUCAAUCUACGGUCAGAAGUUUGCAGAUGAGAACUUCAAGCUGAAGCACACCGGGCCAGGCUUGCUUUCGAUGGCAAACUCGGGAGAAGACACAAACGGUUCGCAGUUUUUUAUUACGACCGUGAAAACAAGCUGGUUAGAUGGAAGGCAUGUGGUGUUUGGGAAAGUGGUGCAAGGAAUGGAUGUUGUCUAUAAGAUUGAAGCCGAGGGAAAGCAAAGCGGAACUCCUAAGAGCAAAGUCGUAAUUGCAGACAGUGGAGAACUUCCUCUCUAAAACCCUUCUUCUUCUUCUUCUUCUGGAGAAAUAGGAUUUUAAAGUUACUCUUACGAUAUUGUAAACAUGUCCAAAUGCUACAAGAACAGAUUCAGUUUCAGUUUCAAAGGUUGGGGUUUUAUAAUCAAUAAUAUUGACUUAUAGAGUUUUGCUUUUGUUUUGA